AUGGCGUACUCGCCUGCCCCUGCCUCCCCUGGCCCCAAUAAUGGUGGCCCAGCGCUCCUCAACAGUCUACACUCGAGAGGCCGCUCGACGAGUCCCCCGACCAGCGUCCCUCUAUCCAAGCGAGACAAACGGCGCAGUGCGCUCCAAGAGCGUCUCCAGGACCUGACGGCCUCGUUCAGCCAGAAUAGAGACACCCAGUUCCGCCAGCAACUGCACGCCCUGCAGUGUGAUAUGACUCUGAUCAACAAUGCCGAUCUCUACUCCCCCGGCCCGCUCCCCGACUCCGCGGACGACAUCGCGAAGUUGAUUGAGAAUACCGUGGGUGGGGGCAAGUUCGCCAAGGAGAUGGCGAGUCUGGCGGGCAUGUGGUACUCGCGGUUUGUGCAGGAGGUUAAUCAGGUGAAGGCUGAUAAGGAUGCGGAUUUGGCGAUGUUGGCGCAUCGACAUGAUAGUAACCUGGAUCGAUUUACUCGUGAAUAUUCUUUCCGGAUCCAUUUUGCCGAAGAAGAAUACAAAAACCUCUCCUCUACUCUCCGCGAACGACUCGUGCAGACCAUCUCGAGCAAACGCGCUCGUCUGAUGCGUGAGAAGGAGCAGUUGGAUAUCGCCGAUACCAACGCUCUUCUGCUGCACCCCAAUCAAUUCAGUAUCACCAACCCUGCCAGUCCCGGCGGGAUCCACGGGAACCGGAAGACCCGUCAUACUCGCCACCGAGUCGACUUGGAUGAGUUGGGCAAUGGCAUUAUAUCUGAGAUCAAUAAGAGGAAGCGCAAGGCGCCGGAGGAGGAUGUCGGGUCGCCGGUGCGAGAGAGCGGCGCGGCAGCAGGCACGGCGGCGGCGACAUCGUCGUCUGCCCCGGCCGAGCGCGCCAAGGCGCAACUGGCCCAGCAGCAACAGGCGCCGUUGUAUUCGAUCAACUCCCUGUUCACCGAAAAGGAGCUCAGCGCCCACGCCAACCAAGCCCACGUUGCCACCGUACAUUUCUUCUCGACCUCCAAGCGUGGCGGCGAUCAGCCGUCCGGCACGGCGACGAACGGCAACAAUACCGACACGGAGGAGGCUUCCGGCGUGGAUGGUACGGGCGCCGAGGACAACGGUACCCCGGCGACCGACAUGGCUCGCACGGCCAGUCAGAAUUACCAUGCGACGCGAUCCACGCGCGGACAUGGGAACCAUGCGCUCAAUGCGCUUGCGGAACUGUCGGACAAGCCGGCGGUCCGGCCCAACUUGCCGUACAACAUCCUGGCCAAUUACCACGCGCGACCCAGCAACAACGGCGCGCCCCCAUUGCCUCCGCUGAUGAAUGAAGAAGUCGACGACGACUGGGCUCGUCUGCAGCGGUUGAACGCCAAGCCGUCGGGCUAUUUCGACAAGAACCUGGUGCAUUUACUGGUGGAGCCCGUUCCGACCGAGACGGACGGGGUCCCGACCAACCCGAACCGAUUCAGCCUGUUGCAUCCCGACUUUCCCAUCGAUAUGGGCAUGCAUCUGUAUCCGCUCAAAGGCAGCGACGACAGUUACGGACAAGAGCGUACGAAAAAGGCCCGAGCGGGCUAA